AGACAAAUGCGUGAGUAAGUGUGUGACAGCAUCAUGUAAUAACUGAACUGAAAUAUGUUAUUUGCAUCCCUCGGUGAAAAUCCUGGUCACGUGACUCCGGGAUGAGCCAGAUUAAGGCUCUGCUUGUUGCCAGUCCUCCUCCACCAGUGGAAACAUCCGAACAUCGUCUCUGACAUACACUCGAUGUGGCGGAACUAGAAGCGGUCCGUAUUUUUUUAGGACACUGUAGCGUUGAAUAAUUCAUUUUCGGCGGCAUUCAUGAAAUAACUUGAAAUUCAUAGCAGAAUAACACCAUGAUUUCGCCGUGGGACCGGUGGUACUCGACUAGCUGCUGCCUCUGCUGCCAUGUACGGACGGGCACCAUUAUUCUGGGAAUAUGGUAUAUGCUCAUCAAUGCGGUGGUUCUACUCAUCUUGUUGUCGGCUCUCAAUGACCCGAUUCAAUACCGCUACCACCUUACCAGCUCUGAGCUGGGGACUGACAUCGACGUGAUGGACGAUGCAAAUAUCUGCAUAGCCACUGCGAUAUCCCUGCUCAUGAUUCUUAUAUGUGGUAUGGCAACAUAUGGUGCUUACAAGCAACAUGCUGCUUGGAUCAUUCCGUUCUUCUGCUACCAAAUCUUCGACUUUGCCCUGAACACACUGGUAGCCAUUAGUGUUGUUGUUUAUCCCAACACGGUACAGGACUACCUCCAGCAACUGCCAGGGACAUUCCCUUACAAAGAGGACAUCAUGUCCACCAACAACAUGUGCCUAGUUUUUGCAGUCCUGCUGUUCAUUGGCUGCAUCCUCUCCUUCAAGGCCUACCUGAUUGGCUGUGUGUGGAACUGCUACAGAUAUGUGACCGGCCGGGGUACCACGGAGGUCCUGGUGUAUGUCACCACCAAUGACACCACGCUCAGUGAAUUGAUACCUCUAAAUGUACAAGGUAAGAAUUAUAGACACCACUGGUAAUGUGAUAUGUAUGUCAUAGAUUACAUAGCUUGACGUGUGCUUAGAUUAGCAGAAUGUAUUGUUUUAGAAUUAAAUCAACACAUUUUUGAAAGCAGUAAAUGCUAAACUCGGGGAAAAAACUAAUUAACCUCAGAUUUGACACAUUUUCUGAAUCCAUAUAAUGAAGGAAGACAGCAAUCUGUUCACUAUGGAAAAUGAUCUCACUGCUGACAAUUUGUUUUUUAAUUUGUAUUGUUUAAAUAUAUGCUAGAGCAUACUGUACAUGUAUGUAAAACAUAUCGACAUCAUCAACUUCACAAUAAAAUCAGGACACAUAUCACAGUGUAUUGCCAAUUAUCAGUCGAUCAGAAAGCGGUGCAUCUCAGUUGUCUAGCAGUAGGUGCUGUAGAUCCUCCUUAGCUGUGAUUGGCCGGCUUUGCAGAGCCGCUUCCUCCCUCGUCCAUCAUCCCACUUGGUCCCUGUCAGUGUUGACUCAUGGGGUUUCUGAGAGGCUUUAGCUUGGUCACGCUUUCCAUUCGUCUGUCUGUAAUCCACCUGUUGAUACAUCGCUCAUUAAUCUGUCUCACCUGCUGUCGUCUCAAUAUGUAGCGCCUCAUCAGUCCGUCCAUUUGUCCUUCUCAUGGACAUGACUCAGGAAGUAAUCCAUAGGGUCUUAUAUCACACUGUGUACCAUGUGUCCAUAUAUUCAAUACGUUUGAAAUGAGACACUCAGUUUAGAAAAUACUUUAUUGGGAAAUGAUUUGAGAAUGUAAUUAGAUA